AUGGCUAAAUCUGCGAAAGAAUCAAAGAAAACAGUUGGUGAUUUCAAUCAACUCGGAUGGUAUACACUCUUCGUUUGCCUUUUAUACGAAUUUUUAAUUAUAUCUCAAGUUAGCAAUCUGAUUUAUAUGGUCUUCGGAGGAUCAGUGGCGAAUGUCGUUAGUUGUGGAGAAUACAGCUUUGCUAAUAUGACAUCAAGCGAGGCCUGUGAUGCGUAUGAAAAAAUAAAAUCGACUGGAUGCACACCGAAACUCGAAGGGGAUUUCCAGUCAGUAAAUUAUGAGUUUCACUUCUUUUGUGGAAAUGCAGGAAAAGUGAAAAUGAGUACAUCAGUGCAAAUGUUGGGCAUAAUGUUCGGAGCAAUGACGUUUGGACAGCUAUCCGAUAGCAUUGGCCGACGAAAGACGCUAAUAUUUGGAUCAGUUGGUUUAAUUAUUAGUGGAUUUCUAUCGACAUUCGCGCCAAAUAUCAUUAUUUUCACGAUUUUACGCUUUUUCGUGAUGCUGUUCACCGGUGGAAAACACAGCGUUUCAUAUGUUUACAUGAUGGAGUCACUGCCGACGAAACAUCGUAUGUGGCUUGUCACAGUAAUUACUUAUUCACCAAACUAUGUCGUAUUUACUGCACUUGCAUAUUUCACAGGAUCAUGGAGAUUGUUAUCACGCGUUAUUGCUGGCCUCACGUUUCUUCCAUUAAUUUUUCUUCUAUUUAUCCAAGAAACACCACGUUGGUUGGUUCAAAAGGAAAAGAUUGAUGAAGCUCGUGAAGCGCUGGUGACAAUAGCAAAGUGGAAUGGCAAGAAUACUGCUGAACAUCGCAAAGCAAUUGACGAUGUACUUAAUCAGGAACGUGAACGAAUUCGACAGGCUGCAGGCAGACCGAAGAAGAAGUAUUAUACUUAUCAUUUAUUCAUGUAUCGAGAUUACGCGAUCUAUACGAUUCUAUUUUCGUUCAGCUUAGUCACAACAAGUAUUAUUACAUAUGGACUGAUGUUUAAUUUCGAGAAAUUAUCUGGCUCGCCAUUUUUAAACACAAUCAUCAUCGGAUCAUUGCGUUAUACCAUCAAUCUGGUCGUUGCUUUAAUAGAUAUUAAAUUUGCACGUGUUGGUCGUCGUCUGCUACACGGUUGCGCUAUGUCAUUCAUGGCUUUCGGACUCGGAUUGGUAUUCAUCAUCAUGGCAUUCGAUCUGCGAAUGCAAAGUGUGAUUCGAAUGGCAGCAUUAUCUGUAUCGGCUAUGGGAAGUCAGAUUUACAUUUUGAAUGCCAUUGCACCCUCAGAAUUAUUCCCAACAGCAAUACGAAACGUUGGAAUGGGCUUUGUUCAGACAUUUAAUCGAAUAGGAAAUGUAAUUGCUCCACAGAUUUUCUUGCUGGGUUCAUUUUGGGCACCACUGCCAUAUUUUGUUAUGGCUUUAAUGAGUUUAGUCGAAGUUAUUGCAUAUUUGGCUCUUAUACCGGAAACCAAAGGAAAGCCACUACCCGAUCAUAUGCCUGACGAAGGAAUCACUGAUGCUGAGAAACAAAUAGAGCAAGAAGAAGACGAAGUUAGCGAAAUUCCCGAAAAGAAGCCACCAUUUGAUGAUAUCCGCCUAUGA